AUGCCGUCUUCCUUUCUCGGCCUGGAGGGCCUGCAUGUCUUUAUCACUGGCGCGGCUGGGGGGAUUGGCAGCCAGGCGGUGCGGGAGUUCCUAGACCAAGGAUGCAAGGUCACCGCCCAUGACCUCCGUCCCAUCCAGCUGCAGGCCUCCUCCGAUCCAGCCCGCCUGUACACCCUCACGGGCGACAUCUCGGACGAAGAGUCGAUCCAGUCCUGCAUGGAACAGGCCCGGAAGCGGUUCGGGCCGAUCAACAUCCUCAUCGCCAACGCUGGCAUCACGGACGAGAGCAACGCCUACCCCAUCUGGGACCUGCCGCUGGACGUGUGGGAGAAGACGUACCGCACCAACAUCCGCGGCACUUUCCUGACCAUCAAACACUUCCUGCGGUGUGCGCGCGCCGCGCAGGAGGCGCAAGGCGGGGCGGAGCUGGAGAACUUGGCCAUCGUCGUGACCGGCAGCGAGACGGGCAAGUUCGGCCAGGCAGGCCAUGCCGAAUACGCGUCCGGCAAGGCCGGGCUGCAGUAUGGGCUGGUGCGAGGGCUGAAGAAUGAGAUUGUGCGGUUGAACCGCAACGCGCGCAUCAACGCUGUUGCGCCCGGAUGGGUUGAUACGCCGAUGAUUGAGGGCCGGUUGGACGAUCCUAGAGAACUAUGGGCCGAAGCGCAGGCUACUGUCCCUCUCAGAAAGAUCGCCAAACCAGAGGAUGUCGCCCGUGCGAUGGCCUUUUUGGCUUCUCACCGUGCGGCGGGCCAUAUCUCGGGGGAAUGCCUCAGCGUGGACGGCGGCAUGGAGGGCCGUUUGAUCUGGAGAGAGAACGAAGUUGUCAAGACCUCUCCUGACAAUGCCAGUAACAAGGACACAUUGUCUGGAGGGCGCCCAGAGACCGGCUUGCAGACUAUCCCCCGGUCAGUUCCCAGACCGACACGGAACAAGAUCCGGGUGGCUAUAUCUAUCGAUUUGGACGCUGUUUCAGGAUGGCUGGGGACGGGAUACUCCCCCGAAAACAUCCUCGCCGACUACUCCGCCGGGUUCUUCGCUGCCCGCGUCGGCGUCCCACGACUGCUGAAGAUGCUGAAGAAAGUCGGCCUCGCCGACCGUGUAACCUGGUUCAUCCCUGGCCACUCUGCGGAAAGCUUCCCCGACGAAGUGCGACAGGUGGUCGAGUCCGGGUGCGAGAUCGGCCUGCACGGGUAUGCCCACGAGGGGGCAUACUCACUCACGGUCCAGCAGGAGCGCGACGUCUUGGAGAAGUGCAUCGAGAUCGCGACCCGACUCACGGGUAAAAAGCCGGUGGGAUAUCGGGCGCCGCUGUAUCAGGUCCGGGAGUCGACGUUGGACUUGCUGGAGGAGUAUGGGUUUGAGUAUGGUGCGUCUGUCUACACUUCUCCAAUAGAUGCGUCUCUCACCGACCACGACUGCCAUCCCUUCUUCGCCCCGCGCCGCCCACCUCUACAGCCGAUAGACUACAGCAAACCGGCCUCUAGCUGGAUGCACCCGGUUCCCAGCAGCAGUAGCAGCAGCAGCAAUCAGCACGACCGGCGCCCGCUAGUCGAAGUACCCUGCAACUGGUACAUGGAAGACAUGACACCAAUGCAGUUCCUGCCGCACGUGCCCAACUCGCACGGGUACGUGGACGUGCGCGUGGUCGAGCAGCUCUGGCGCGACCGCUUCCUAUGGAUCCGCGACAACGAGACGGACGAAGAAGACGCCGUGUUUCCGAUGCUCAUGCACCCGGACACGUCCGGGAUGGCGCACAUCAUCGGCAUGGUAGAGCGCAUGAUCCGCUGGUUGCAGGAGUGGGAGGCGGCCGGUGAAGUGGUGUUUGCCAGACGGGCGAGAUUGCAAGGUGGUGGAGGGAGAGGCAUAGAUAAGACGUAG